AUGACUCCCAGUCAUUCCUCUCUCCCGUCGUUGGCCAACGGCACCUCCCCUUUUGCUCAGCCGUCAUCACACAGAUCUCACCAAACUCCACCCUUCCACAACGCAGAAGUCAACUGCCGUGUCGAGAGUAUCUUUUUUCCAUCUUGUUGA